AUGCAGAGCAAUAGCUCUAUUAAUCUUAUUGUGGGCAUGAUAAAUAAGUCUCAAAAUAGCAGACAGCUGAAAGAAAACGAUGAAGAUGAAGAUGAGGAUGAUCACGUAGAUUGGCCAGCUGGCUUACCUCUGCGUUACACAUUCCAAGAAUUAAAGAAUGCUACAAAUAAUUUUAGUGUUAAGCUGGGAAGCGGAGUAUUCGUUUCAGUUUAUGAAGGUGUUUUGGCUGAGAGCUCAAAGAUAGCAGUGAAGCGCCUUGAUGGAGCGGGACAAGGGAAAAGGGAAUUCCGGGCAGAAGUGGAAACUCUAGGAAAAAUUGAUCAUCUUAUUUUGGUAAGACUGAAGGGAUUUUGCGCAGAAACGGCCUAUCGAAUGCUUGUAUACGAGCAUCUACCAAAUGGGUCUCUGGAUAAAUGGAUAUUUUCCAACAAUAUGCAUGUACAUUUGCUGGACUUGAAGACUAGAUACAGAAUAGUUCUGAAUAUUGCAAGAGGAUUAACAUAUUUACGUGAAGAUUGUCGAGAAAAGAUAAUACAUUUCGACAUCAAGCCUCAGAAUCAGAACAUUCUCCUGUAUCAGAAUUUCAAUGGCAAGGUCUCAGAUUUUGGUUUGGCAAAGUUGGUUAACAGAGAUCAAAGCGAAGUGAUAACCAUUUUGAGAGGGACACCAGGGUAUAUGGCACCUGAGUUGUUGAACCUGCAUACCACAGAGAAGUCAGAUAUAUCUAACUUUGGUGUUAUGGUGAUAGAAAUUGUCAGCAGAAAACGAAGCAGAGAGCUUUCACAGGACGGCCUGCUUUCACUGUUACAAGUUAAGGCAAGGGAGGGGAAGCUAAUAGAUUUGGUGUAUCCGGGACUUGAAAAUGAGGAAGCGGGAGUAAAAGAGAAGUCAAUUAAAUUGUUAAAAGUGGGAAUGUGGUGUGUACAGGACAAUUUCACGAGGCGACCAGCUAUGUCCACAGUGGUGAAGGCACUGGAGGGUUUAAUAGACAAGUUUGAUGACGUUCCAUCCUCGUUAACAGAGUCAACAGGUGCUUCCAACCAGUAG